CUUCAGUGUGCGAGGGACCCCCCUGAAGGACCCCAAAUCCCAACUUGAGACCCAUUAGAAAAGCCUUCUGUGUCUGUCCCUGGCAGGGGGAGGAGCGGGGACUUAUAUCGGCCAAUCACAAAAAGGGAGCGGACUUUUGCCUGAUUUGAUUGGCCGUUUCGACCAUGCAGCCUGGAGAAACAGGAAGAGACUUUUCUAGCAUGUGUAUCAUGCAGAGGUAGGUAAACGGACUUCGCUGAGAUACCGUACUACUCUUGUUGACGGCUUUAUAGCGAGAAAAUGUGCUAAUCUACAUUUGCAAGAGCCUCAUGCAGACAUUAGUUCAAAAAAAUUGUAAACAUUUAGUCUAUGUGAAGGGACAUACUUUGUGAAAUGUAGCCUAGCACUCCAGUUACGAACUUAUAUUGAAGAUUUUCACAUUUUAAGAGCACGGGUUGAAAACAAAGGUGUGUUUAUAAGGUUUUUGGUUACUUACAUACAGAGAAUGAACCAGACAAGCUGUGUUUACAUUUCGGCAUGACCGUCCUCCGUCUGGACACAUGUUGCGUUUUUUUCACACCUGCGCAGUCGCGGUGCGCUUUUUCUACUCGAUUAAUCAGACAGGUUUGACCGGGAACUACUCUAAUGAGAAACGAGUCACAUGAUCGACGAGCACCAGGGUCCUGCCAGCGAAUUUUUAACAACACAAGCUGCUUAUUGUUUGUGUUUCUCACCGUGAAGAGCUGGGUAAACAGCCAAACCUUCAAGCAGUCACUAAAACGGGUCUACUGCACCGAAAACGGCACAAAACAAACAUGAGAGCAUUAUUUUUAAUCAGUGGGAGACUAUUAGCCAGAGCCAUUAUUGCCAAAGUCCAUUAUUCUAUCUAUGAGUCUAUUACCAGCUUGCUAAAUGGUAGGCAGUGUGUUCAGCGCUUAUCCAAAGUGCACUGUACCAUUGUUUGGCUCGGAAAUUUCUCGCCUUUAUUGUCAGUUCAGGCAAACCCCCGAUGAAUACAGUGAGAGCUGCAAGAGUAGAAACAAGAAAGUUGAAGCAGACGCAUUUGUGAUCGCAUACCAUGACAGAUGUGCUGGUGUGUGUGUGUGAAGAGGGAGGGGGGAGGCUGAGAGUCUAAAUGAAAUACUGUAAAUGCAUGACUACUUUUCAUCUCAUAACCUUUGUUUAAUGUGAAAAUAAAUCAACCAGCCUCCCCAUCAAAUGUACAGACCUUAAUGAGAUAAACAUAACUUGUUUAUGUUAGUAUUGAUAAUUAUUUAAUCAUUGCUUACCGCAUAAACUGUCAUAAAGGGUUUAAAUGUCCAUAAAAUCAUAUUAAAACAGAAGACAUACUGAACAGUUGUAAAUAUGGGGUCUGAUAAGUGGUGCAAAGCAAAAAAUGUCUUGUGAGAGAAAGAAAUAAUCAGAGCUUUAUAUUCAAGAGGUCUGAAAAAUGUUACUCAAUAAAUGCUGGAUUAAUUGAUGAUCUUGAUUUUAUUUGUUCAAAUCUAUGUUUUUUUGUUCAAAAAAAGGUCUGUGGUGUUUAUGUUAUCGGUCCAUCCAGACUUGUCGAUAAAUCAGAAAAGUGAAGGUUGAACAUGUCAAAACUGAAAAGCAAAUUAUCUGUCAGAAUGUGUCUGAUUUAUAUCAGCUGUACUGAUUGGUCAGUUAAUUAAUACACAGAACUGAUGGUGAAAUAUUCACCUGAGACAGCUCAACAAAAUCUCUGUUAUUUUCUGCUCCUCAGAUUUGAAGAUUCCGUGUCUGUUUUUAUAUCUUUGAAAACUUUAUUUUUCAGCUUUCCACUGGUUAUGGGACCAAAUAACAGAUAUGAAAAUGUCUCCCUUGACUCUAGCAGAGUGGAUGGACAUGUUUUCUCUAUUUUCCGAUUAAAAAUCAGCUUUUUUGAUUAAAAAAUAAUCAGCAGAAUUUUCAAUAACAAAAUAAUCUUUGAUUCGAGAUUUAUUUACAUCACAGUUAUUGUGCAAACAUAUGAGUUUAAAAAAAAAAAAACCUUGCUCUAUUAAAAAUGAUUAAAGAGAGAUAUUGUAGUUUUACCCUUUGGACACUUUUCAGAACAAGGUUCUUGGAAGGAAAGGUUUCCUUCGUCGAAACUCUUACAAUCAAUGUGACCUUUAUUUAUUAUAACCCCCAUCUCUCAAAAACUCACAUAUAACGUAGUCAAUCAUCUCUCCUUCCCUCAAAGUAAAAAUAAAAAAGGAACUGCUGUCUGGUUAUUGCCAGUAUCCAUCUCAGUCGUCAGAAAAGCUGCACGUUUUUGCUGUUGUUAAGGGCUGGAAACCAGAAUCCCAUCGGAGUUGCACCCUAAGGAACAAAUUUAAUGCUAGAAAAACAUCCCGACCAUCAACCAAAAAUGACGGAUUGAAAAUAAUGUCGAGCUAUCUUGGGAAUCCCCCACCAGACAAGGGAACAGACUGCAUUGUUUUUCUCAUUUAUGUGAUAUAUAGAACAGAAAGAGGGGAAAAAAUGGGCGAUUUAUUGGUUAGAUAGGCGUAUUCUUUUCCAUGCACAAAAGAAAUAUUGGAUAGUAAUGUGGGGGAUCAAGUCGCAUCAUGACAUUGUUUGGAGGCUAGGUGUUCAAAUAUGUAAGUCAUCAUCUGUUGGUGGCCCGCUAGGUUUUCAAUAGAUCAUUCAAUGCAAAUAUGUGUGAGAAAUUGUGAAAGUUACCACAUGAAUAUGUCAAUGAACGGAGUGUAAUUUGUGCUUCCUUAGCAGGGCAGCACGAUGAAGACGCAGAAGGAGAGCCAGUGCACUCAGAAGACCAUCUCAUUGCUGAGCCCCCUGGGGACCAUCCAAGUCAGUGGAUGUGAGAAUGGUGUGCACACCAUCCAGAUCCUAAUGGAUGUCGCACCUGCUGAAAGGUACUGUACAACAGCCGGGAUGGUGACGUGAUAAACAAAGGUGUGAAAUUUACAGGCGGACAGAAUCCACUCCUGUGAUGGAGUGCCACCAUUCCUCAUUGGAAGCAGGGCAUUUUUGUAGAUCCCACAAGAAAUAUCCUGGAGAAAGUUGGGCAAAUAUGAGCCGGCACUAGAAAUAUGAGGGGCACUAGAAUACAGUUGGGCUUGAAAUUAGAUUUCUGAUGGCAUGUGGUUGUGAUUCUUCUCGCAGUAUAUUUGAAAUUUCAGAAAAAUAACUUGUUUAUUACCCACAGGGGAGUUGAUUAGAGCUGAUGUCUGUAGGGUCAGCAGAGGCCAUGGGGAGCACGGUCUGCUCGCUCCUGUUUAUUUAUGUUUCCUCCAAGUUGUAUGCAGUGGCUCUGAGUGUCAAGCGACACUCUGAAAUGUAAUAUGUGAUUGCGUUUCAUGCCCUACUCAUCCCUCAAAAUUGUUAGAAUGUUGACAGUCUUACUGAAGCGAUUGAAACUGAUUAAACUCAGCGUUAAUAAGCACUUAUUCCUUAUUUUUACAGGUCCACAUCCUACAUCUCAGAUUAGUUUUGAUUAGAUUGAAAUUAAAUAUCCAUGUAUCGCAGAUUCGCAUUUGAUAAACUUGAAUGGUUUGGGAAAUUAAACCAUUUCCAAAUGCAGCCGGAUAGGAAGCUAUCCUUUUGAAAAUGUAUGUUCAAAUUCUAAUUUAUGGAAACCCAUUAAUGACCUUGUAUAUUAUACCUCAACAUGUGUUUCUUUCUCGACUGUCUGCCAUUUCCUAAAAUUCAUCAAGCAGUAAAAACAUUCAACUUGUUGUUAAUGAGUUGAAGUGAGAAAAUUAAUAAUAUGGAAUUUUGAUUAUGGAAGAUGUCCUGUAACCAUGCGCAAGCACCUUUCUCCGUCUCCUUGUGAACAGGGUUUAAUUUGUGUGUUCAGGUUCAGUAGGAAUAUGCAAAUGAAUUUAAUGAUUCGCAUCACUAGAUCAUUUCUCAGUUUAAUAUCAUUUGCUAUGUCGGUCAUAAGUGGAGGCUCCGAUCACAUGGCUGUCUGUAUGUUCUCAAAGGUGUGAGCAGGAAAUCAUUAAACAAAAUGUUUGGGUUUUAUCGGGACCAGUUGAAUGUGGUGUUGUUGUCACAGGACAGGGAGACUAGAGCCACCUCAGAUAUAUGGAGUAACACAAUGUAAACAGGCAUUAAGGGAGGCGAGAUAAAGUGACAAAAUACAGGCUUAUCUUUGCAAGCGGCUUUACAUGUAGAUCUCACAAAAGCCCGCCUGUAGCAGUAAUAGUUCAAAUCAGCCAUUUCCAUUGAUUUAUUUAUGACAUACUAAACAAGGCUCUUUCCAGCUUUGGCUGUGGUGUGGCACAGGCUUAGGUAGUCAGGGUGAUAAAUGAUCUCUAAGAGCAUAUUUUGGAUAAGGGAAAUAGAUAAGGUCUAUGCAUAACAUGGAGGGAAACCCACAGCAGAUAUUUGUGGGCAAGUCACAGCUUUGAGAGCCCAUUUGCUUCCUCUGUUGUUCGCUGCUGGUGUGCCUCGAACAGCCGGUGCAGCAGCAACAAAAGCAUUCAUGGCAUUGAUAGAUAGUUAUUGAUAAAUGCCAUUAUGGCUACAUAAAUGCCCGUGAAGUAUUGCUUACACACCAUGACCGUCAGCUCUUUCUAAUAGAAACGUCUCAAGCCCCUUUUGCUUCCUAACUGAUCUUAGCAACAUUUCCUAAAAUCAACCUCCUCUGCCAGUCUAACGACAGCCCUGAAGGCACCAUCAGAUGAACAAAUUCAUUACAUCUCAACAACCCCUGUUGGGGCCCUACGCACCAGCCUCCCUGUUAACCAGCUUUUCCAGCCCUUUUAGUUUUUAGCAUGGCCUCGGCGUUCACAGAAAAAAAUGAUCCGCAUUUUGUUUACAGGAGAUUACUAUUAUCUGAAAUAUGAUGCUUCUUGCCUUUUUCACACAGAGCACAGACACAUAAUACUGAGGAAAUCAUAGAGUACUUUUUUAUUAGGGUGAAAAAUGAAAAAAGGGCUGGACUCCUGCCCCGAGACAUUUUGUGAGCAUAUUAUUUUACAAUGCUUUGAUCAAUUUGUCUGUCAAGCUGGCUGAGAUGUGGGGGAGCAGGAAAAAAGCAAUUUAGCUUGUGAGGUCCUCAAUAGAAAUGUACUACAGGAGCCUGUGUAUGACAUGUUGCAUUAGAACCUGAGUAGCCUUUAUUGCCUGAUAAUGUCGCAAGGCAAUGCUGAUAUCAAUCACCCUUUAACAGCCAGUGUGAUGUGUUUUUAUGAAAAGAAAGAGAAAAUAAUGCAUGAAGCAUUUCUUGGAAAAUAAUUGAUUUAAUUCUGAGCUGAGGGAUUUCUACUUUUAACAACAUAAAAAUGUUGUGUUUGAAAAAGCAGGCACAAAAUGUGCUAGAAGCUAAAAAUUGUCAAGAACAAGCUUUUUGCAUAUGCUUCUAUAGAAAAAUUGUAAUUAACUUUACACGGAUAAACAUUCUGUCUCAUUUGCAUAUAGAUAUAAACAAUAUAUUUGUGCAUCUGAAUUCCCAGCACACACGGGUCACGUGCUCUGCCUAAAAUCCUAAGUGGCUAAAACCCAAAAUUAUCUUUAUAUUUCCCAGGCCAUAAAUCCGCCUUUUUUUCUCCGGCACAAAGCCGAAUAAAUCUGUGUCUGAUUUUUCACAUUGCACAUUGUUUUUAGUUAAUGAUUUUCAUCUGUUUGUUGUUGCUGUGAUAGUGGGGAAAUGUACCAUAUGCUCCUGCAAAAGACAAAUGAUUAGCAAAUGAAAUUCUGGACAGCUGUCUGACUGAAAGCGUUUGGUUGAUAGCAUUCUGCUACCAUAAUUAGCUUAAGCUUUGGGUUAAUUAACUUUCUACCUGGAUAUGCAUAAUAAUAGCAUUCUGCAGAAAGCCAAGGAGCUUCCAGUAUAUCAGCAGCAAAGGCUGGCUUUUUAUUUUGUAUUUCGGCUGCAUAUUUCAAUUUCAAGAGGCGAUUUAGCUCGGGAGCAUCGUCAAAUAUUGUAGAUUUUACUCCCCAAGCCAGAUAAUUCUGAAACAAUAGGGGUGUAUUAUGUGGCAGAAAUGCCAUUUCUGAAUGUAAUUAAAGCGGAUGAAAGCAAUCACCAAUUUUUAAAUGCUUUUGUCUAGCACCAGACCUACUUGUAAAAAAAAUACCCAUCAAGAGGAGAAAAGAGGCAAGAGAACCCCCAAGUCCUUAUAUAAGAGGCCUUUGAGACUGAAGUGAAGUACAACAGUAAUUAGUCUUUUGUAUGAAUUUGCCGGCCAUGGUCAUGAUUAGUUAAGCAUAUGAGAGGACUGCAGGACUGCAUUGGUCUUAAGGAGGAGGGUGUUAAAGUCUAUUUAUCACCAGUUAUCCUCACAGCUUUCCAUUAUCACUGACAACACUGGAUGGGGCCUGAGAACAGCCUAAUUGUUCUGAGGUGGAGUGUUUUUGUGUCAAAGCCGUCACCCGGGUCACAUUGGCAUUCAUAAGCAGCCAGACAUUUUCCAUCUAUCUAGCUCUAAUACCCAAGCUGUCACAACAGCUUUUACACACUACCAGCGUUGGUGUGAAAUAUCUGAGGUGAUGCAUUUAUCGUUUUUCUCACACUCAUGUAGUGUUGUGAAUCAAUGUCCUGGUUCACACUGAAUAGAGGUAUGGUAAAUGUGUUCCCUGUUUGGUGCCUGUUUACAUGAUGUGCUCACACACUGGGAACCAUAUCAAGAACUUAUUUUUUUUCCUCCUACCUAUUAUUUCUCUCCGCUCUGUCUCCUUUUUCUUUUCUCUGGAUCUCUAAUAUCUCGUCUAACACGUCUUUUUAAUCAAUCUGAGUUCUUGUUUUGCCUGAUGUGGAGUCAUAACUGUGCUAAAUAAAGUGCUUGUGUUUGUGACUAAAAUGCUUUGUCAUACAAACGGCGAUCUGCUGAUCUGUUAUUGAAUGAAAUCAUCAAUAAAGCAGAGGGGAGACUUUUUGACGUGGUCCCUUUAGAAAUGGUAUGAAUAAUUCAUGCCGUAAUGAUAUUCAGAUGAUUUUUGUUCUAUUUUUUACUGUGGCCUUAGAAUAUUGUUUUGCAUGUUGUGAAGUGUAGUACUCAGCUGCGUAUUCAUUAAGGUGCUGCUCCCACUGGCCCCUGGACCCAUCUGUGCUCUAUGUUUAUGCCUCCAUCUCCCGGGACCAUCCCAAUCAGGCUGCAUGUGCCAUUUCCUGUGUAAACCAACACCUGUGUAACACACUACCUGUAAACCGCCCCACGCAGACGAGACACUGACAUUCACUGGGAUGAAAAUCUGCAAAUGUUGUGGUUUCUAAAGCAGAACCUCCAGGGUGAGGACGAGAGUGGAGCGAGAGUUACCCUUCAGUGAGGAGAUGCAGCUAAAAGCAGCUCCUGCUGUUUUUUUUCCUCCUCUCCCUGCUGUCGACCAGGAAGUUUCUCCGGCACGGGGGUUGUGCUAGUUUGUUUUAGAACUUGAUUGGAUUCUAUAUCUGCAACAUGCAGAAGUGUACAGUGUGUGACAUACUAAGGCAAUAUGCAGAGAGAUGAUUCCGCUCUGACAUCUUGGAGAGGAGUACGAGUCAAUUAUGCCCAAGUGUUGUUCUUGCUUAUCUUCCUGCGGCACCAAACAAGGAUUUAGUCAAGGAUUUAGGGGUGAGGGGGCGGUGGUGGGGAUCAUGGUAAGCGGUUCACAACAAAACACUCAAAACUCCUGGGAGCGGGCACUGAUUUAAAAAUAAAUUACAGAAGACGAAGCGCUAACACUCAAGGGCCCUCAGCAGUGCUGGCGUACACAGGUGAAGAUUAGCCUCCUCGCUAAUCAGAGGAACAAGGCAGUAAUUUGCUCUGAACACAGACAGUAAUUAGGACUUGGUGACACUGGAUUCCCAUAAUGCCUUUGAGCUUGACGUGGUCAAAUUUUGACAGAGGCUAUCCAUGCAGGGUCACUGUCCCCCCAGUCUCCUGGCCCUCUUCAGUUGAGGCUCUAAAAGGUCCCUGCAGUUACAGGGGAUCCCUAAUGUACUUUAUGCCUCCCUCACUGGCUCCUUACCAUUCGGGUAAUUGGAAUCUCUUACUGUGGCACUUGAGAAUAGAGGCUAAAAACACUAUUUGAAACUGCUCAGUAGUCUGUUGUAGAUAAACAUUGCUGCGCCUCGGUGUGGAUACACUACAUAAUGGAGUAAGAGUUAAGGCUCUGGUAAUACAUGCCUUCACUGACUCCUGUGGCUAGCCAGUUGGGAGAAGACCUAAUUGUUGUGUGCUUUGUUGCCUACUCCGCAGUAUUUUACCACCACCACCUUUAUGUAUUGGAUGGAGUGUUGCGGCCUCUUCAGCGGACAUUCGCUAAUAAGAGUUGUUGGAUAUCUAGAGAGCCGUUUAUCCGGCCGAGUUGUUUUUAUUUUGAAACGGCGGAGCACAAAACGCACGCCCCUCAACAGAAUAGGAAGCAAUCCUUACAGCUAACCACUCCGAGAGCUCUCCACUUUAGUGCUGCAGUAGCUAGAUAGGCAUCUGAAUGAUCUUCAAACGGUUGAACGAGCCGCAUUGAGCAAGUGGCUUACAAUUGUAUCACAGCCUUUGGCUCAGAGACCAUCAGGAUCUUGACAUUCAUAGAGACAUGCUGUAUUUUUUUCCCUUUUUAGACAGUCAUUUUAGGCUUUUUUCAUGCUCUCUUGAGUCUUUGACGUCUCUGAGUUAAGUAUCUGGAGCUAUAAGGCUGAGGAAAAUAUUGGACUGCUCUUGGCCUUUUCUAUUUCAUCCUCUGACCCGCCAUGUUACCCAUGAUCGGUGAAGGAGAACUCUGGCAGGCUGUGUCAAAAGUGACAGCCGAUCGAGUCAGGAUGAGCGCCAUCACGCUUCACAGGAGGGAGGCAUGAGUUCUGAGUUUUUCCCCCUUUUUGUGCAAUAUACCAUUACACCCUUCGCCAGAUUCCUUUCAAUUAGAUCCUGUGGUUAACCUGUUUCAUUCUUACGCCUGCCGCUGAUAGAAAAAGUCCCUCUGAAGUCUUGUGCAAGUAGAGACACAGAAUAUGCUGAAGGAAAUUGACAAAUUUAAUGCCAGCUAUUUUUCCAUCCUUUGUCUCAUUUGAUUGUUUCUUCCAGGAUGAAUGAAAUAACCUCCCAACAUUAUAUAAAUGCUCAAUUCAUUCCUUAUAUUAGAGCUGGAAAAGAGGCAGAACUCCAAAUGACUCCCACUUUACGCAGCAAUGAUUUAUGGUAAUUGGAAAUUGAUUGUGACAGGAGCACAAUAUUAGAAAUUUUCUCAAAUCACAACCUCGUACCAGGGGAAAUAUUCCUUUUAGUGCAGCAGAUCCUGGGUAGUUUGGAAUUAGUUUCUUAUUUCCUUACCUGUGAUGAAAAAGUCAUAGCCUGAAGGAUACUAUAGGAACAGGAUUGUAACCAGACAAGGAUAAUAAAUAAUGAGUUAUAUUUACCUGUAUUUAAAGGGUUCGUUCAAAUGAAAAAUAAACCGCUCGAGCGUUGUUGUUAAAACGCUUUUUAUAAAGACGACUAAUUAAGUUUGUUAGCUUUUUAAUGCGAGGAGGUGACAGUUAAAGGGAGGUCUCAUCUUCUUAAGAGUUCUCCUGUAAUCAGCCCCGCAUUUAUCUCUAAUCUCUCAUCUGAAGGGCAGAGUUUGUAAAGUGCCACUCUGGGCUCUGUAAAGAUCAUAUGAUGCUGCUUGAUUUGUGAUUCAUUGAAGCGUCUGGAAAUGUUGCCAAGCGCAGAAGCUACAUCUCCACUGCCCACAUGCUCUUUAAAAACAAUCCCCCAUUGCACCUAGAGGUGACAGACUUCAGCCCGACUGAUGUUGUUCCACUUUUAUUUAUUUAUUUUGGUGUUGUUUACCAGCCAUAACAUGUACUGCAUUGCAUUAACUUUUACUACUGUCAAUGUUGUAUCACUCAGAGCACCUUUAAAGCUGGCGCAUCCGCAGCGGAGGGCAGAGGGGAGAGCAAAAAUUAGCCACGGUGACAAGUCUGAAGUGUGAGCUGGAGGUCAAAGGUGGCAAGCCUUAAGCAAAGGUGCUCUAGCCUUUGUCCGGUAGAUUGUAAGGGCCUGCGGGUCCAACAGGAACAUUUCCACACACAAUAUCCCCGAGCUGUCAGUGUGCAGCGGCUGGAACAUCCUCUCAGAGAGAAAGAGAGGCUGUGGAGGGGUAGAGGUGGUGGUGGUGUUGGAGGGAGGAGGCGGGUUGGGAGGGGAGGAGGGGAGGAAGGUUUGGAGAGAGGGAACAGUGGCCUGAAGAUCCUUGCUGAGAGAGGUGGGGGGAUGGUGGGUGUGUGUCUGGGGGUGUAGGUGGUGGGGAGCCAAAAGAGCUGGAGUGGGAGGAUAGAGAAAUAGAGAGGGGGAAAUGAGGAGGGAGAGCUGAGGUGGGGGGGAGGAAGGGGAGGGAUAGAAAGGAGAGACAAUGACAAGUAGGGGCUGGCUGGGCACUCACCCAUGCCGACAGAGAUUGCCAUGAGCCAUGGCCAUUGUUUGAGCGGGUCUCAGCACAGGACCCGCCGGUGGGUUUCUGAGUUUUCACCACUCAACUAUGAACUGCUGCGCGGUUUAUUUAGAAAUGAGAGUAUUUACACAUUUUACUGUAUUUACACCCACCGUUAAACGGCACCCAGGAGAUUUUCAUCACACAGCCACAAACUAGCAGGCAGAGCAGUUUUUUCCCCCUGAAAAAGUGACCCGCUCAGUCAUAACACUCCAGUAAACCUCGGCUUCACAUGUCCAAUAUAAAAGGCUGCUCAAACUGUGACCUGCAGAAGUGUAAAAACACUUUAGGGCCGUGUUGUAACGGCGGCCAGGAGAGAGACGGUCUGUGUGUUUAACAAAGUAAAUGUCUAUUAUUAAUACCGUACAGGAUAAGCCAAUUUUAAAAAGGGGGCACUUAAAUGGUGAUAUUAUUUAUUUAUAAGUCCUGUACACCAGUUAAUGGAAUUGGCGGCCAGCUUUAGAUCCACAACACAGCUUGAGGUCCACUUUGCAGUAAUGCACAUGCUAAGAGAGGACCUUCCCAGUAGGGUCUUUAAGUGUCAAAUAUGGGUCAGUCUGCUUGCAUUGACCUGGGGGGUGGUCAGCAGCAGAGAGAAAUUCAGCUGUUAAGUGAUGCCAACUCAACCAUCGGCAAAUUCCUCCAAGCAUCUACUCAUGCUAAGAUGCACGUCCAAGUGCAGCGCUUUGCUGGCCAGCUCUGCUCUGGCCAAAAAAUCCAUUUAUUCUUGUCAUGAACUAUAAACUAGACCUAAGCAGGGUUAAAGCUGUUGUUCAAUUUGAACUUUUUUUUUUCCCUAAACAGCUGCUAGACUUUUUUUGAAAACUCUUUUUUAUUCCUUUCCAAGGCUGGUUCUGCUUCCUUAAAGUUGUUUGAAAUAAACUGUUCGCACCACUCCUCGUGAAACCGACAAUGUUUUCUUUCAUACUCCAUCACACUGCACUUCAUAUAAUGUAUACCUACGGUUACAAAAAGUCUGGAUUGCAGUCUUGAUCUUUUUCCCUCCCCUGUCUUCCAUGGCUCUGAUUUUUGUCACAGGCCGGGUAACAGGAGCGACGCCAAAACGCAAAACUUGAGAUUUUAAGCACGUCUUGAUUAGCAACUUUAGCCUCACUCCUCAAAUUAUGUCAUCUUGCAUCUGUGUCACUUGUGGCAUGUUAUUACACUCUGGUGCCAUAUUUUAGCACAGUUCAACCAAGAAUAGGGUAUUAUGAUUGCUCCUCUGAUCCCCACCUCAACUCCCCAUCCUGCCUUAUAUCCCUCACAGGAGCAGUGCGGCCCCCCUGAGCUGUGUGGUCAACGAUAGCCCGGCAGAAACGAGCCCCGAGUUGCAGCGCUGCAUCGAAUGGCUCCAGGCGUACUUCAGUGAGCCGCAGACCACUGGGAGUCUCCCGCUCCCUGCCUUUCACCACCCCGCCCUGCAAGGAGGUCUGUCACGGAUAAAUAUUUGCAGAGCCAUGACUGGGAUCAGGCUUUCACUCUUAAUUGUCAGUUACAUCACUUACACUCACUGGCUCACUGUGUUAUAAUGAAGUAUUUUAUGGCUGAGAGAGAGAGGGAGAGAGAGAGAGUGAGAGGCGAGGGAGUGGGUGAGCGAGAGGAGAGAGAACAGAACACAGAGCUGUAACUUGGUUCAGUAAUCUGUGGCAGCUCUUACCACGCGUGUUAGUCUUGGCAAGCUUUUCCAUGAUUCUUGGCACAUUCUUUGAAACUGAUCGAAUUCCACUCUUGACAUUUUCAGACAGGAAGCGUUUUUUUUUUUUUUUUUUUUUCUUCAAUGACAACAUGUGAAUGGUGCUGAAGUUUGAAUGAGCUUAUUGUUGGCUUGACCAGUCACCUAGGGCGAAUAAAAUGAAAGCACCCCAAAAACGGACAAUUAGCGGCCUUUCAACUAGAAGGGACUCCAGAGUGAGUGACGGAGGACGCCGAGGAGUAAAAAUGAGGAAUUAAUUACCCCGUGGCGUUUGUGUUUUGAGGAAACAGGCGACGCUCGCAGCCUGACAACUCUUUUUUCCUUUUUUUUCAAAUCAUAAACUUCUCCCGCUUUCCAAAACAAUUACAGACUGUUUCUUUGUCACACCGAGACGCUCAUUGCAUUUUAACUUAAAGCACUCAUUUACACCCAGAAGCACACCUACACAGGGAGAAAGAAAAAAAAAAUCUUAAUAUAUGCAUUUAACAAUUGUACCUCUCUUCCCCUGCAAUCAGGCCUUAGUUGCUCUCUAAUUUCAUGCAGAUCUGCAGUGCUUGAGUGAUGGCAUUUUCAAUGAGCAGGUACUCCAUCGAGACCCUGUAUACAGCUAUGAGUCCCACGCUCCCGCGAAGGCAAUGCAGAAAUACAUCAGGACCAAUUACGAUAUCAACUUUCAGUGUGAUUCCCUUCGCCACCAAGUGCUUGUGUACCAGCCCCAGGCUCUUUCAAAUCGCAUCUCAUCUGAAGUCUUUGGGGUUUUAAUUAAAUUUCAGGAUAGAUGGAAUUCUUCAUUAGUACCUGAUCUGAAUAGGUGAUUGUGCUGUGUUCCACCUCUCUCCCUCGCCUGUUGUUUUGGGGCUCAGUAAAUACAGGGUUUAGGCUUGGAUUGCUCUCAGUAGUCAGAACCAUAGGCCAUGCCAGUAUAAAAAUGUUAAAUGUGAGCAUCAAGAGUAUUUGUCUUUUGAGGGAGGAAAAUAGAGGGUUUCCUUUUUUUUUCCUGCUUGUUGAUUCAGAAAUAUUAAGGAUUAGUUUCUGCUUUAGUGCUGUACAAAUUCCUCCUCCAUCUUGUCCUGGAGUGGGUGCCUGCCUGGGAAAAAAAUACAAGUUUAAUCAGGUCAUUACAAUCUGUGACAACCAACUUUUGUUUGCUCAGUUAUCUUGUGGGAGAACCCGGAACGCGACAGCGCUCUCGCUGCACUUGUCAUGUAAUAUUGAGUUGUGACCUUCACUUGAAGUGUUGCCAUGUUUAUUUACACAUUUCUGACAAAACAAGCCACUUUUCAUAUUAGCUGUCACGACAUACCUGAGCAACAGAGGUGACAUGAAAGAGACGCAAAGUGCGCUUUUUUUUUUUUUUUUUUCUCCUUCACUUUCUGACUGAUUGUCACGGCAACAUCACACGGAAGUUCGGUUGCGAAGGGAUGGCGAGUGCGUGCGUGUGUCCUGUUCGGGGGCUUGUGUGUAUGUUUGUGCGCGCGUGCACACGCUUUUUCAGAUAAAACACAGACACCAUCGCGAGUUCUUAAAACGAUGCAUAUUCUUAUCUCAUUAAUUAUACAUCCAUAUGUAACAGACGAGAGGAUCUUAGUCUCGGUAAGCGGCACGGGGAAUAUGCGGGGAGGGGGCCAGGCAAAGGGGGGGAAGGGCGCUCUUCAAAGCCCAAAUGACUGUGUUCCUGCAGGAGCCCGAACCUCCCCCUGUGCACAGCGCAGGGCGAGAUGAGACACUCACCAGGACUCGCCCCUGUGAUGUGGAGAGGAAUUAGGGAAAUGAACGUUUUCAGAAUAUCGAAUAAUCAGAGAAUCAUCAGCACCCCGUCAGCCUUCAAAAGUAGGGAUCCCUCAAGACUCAAGAGACACUUUGACUGGGAGUCAAAGUCUUCCCUCCCAUUAGACACAAAGGAUAAUGAGGGAGCUGCAUUUCCACUAUUGUCUUUUUAUUGUCACUGCCAUGUGUGAGGCGACUGUAAGCUGGAAGUCAUCUCUCCAAAUCUAGCAGAAACACAGCCGGAUGGAGUGGAGUUUAUUGAUUUUAUCCCUUUAAUUUGCUCUCUAAUUCAAAAUUAUGAGCAAAUAAAUCAUACAUGUCAAUACAUUUAUAAUCAGUGGAUCUCUUCGAUUUUCCUCCGGCUCAGUCUGUCCCUGCCGCUGCCUCUGCAGUGGCCCCAUCACCUGGCCUCAUGCUAGGUAAUGACCUGUGACAUAAUUAUGGGAUGUCUGUAAACAUGUAAGUGGUUCCUCUCAACUUUUAUUUAAACAAUUGACAUCGCUGCACCCCAUCUAAAGAGGGUCCUGACCUCAGACACAGCGUAUUAGGCUCUUUAUGAAGUAUGGGGCUGGGGGACCGCUCUCCAAAUCAUUGCUGGUCACCUCGAGUGACCCGCAUGAAGUCUCUGUCACUAACACUGAUGAGGGCAAAGUUCUUUAACCCCUGCACGGGCAAAUAGAAGCGCGGAUACUUGUUUUUUUGUCCUGAACUGUUGGAGAUGAGAAAUCUUCCAGGAGAAACAGCUUAAAAAAAGGUGUAAACAGCCCUGUAGCUUGUUGCUCCGUAUGCUAGUGGGCGAAAGUGCUCGGCGGUGUCUGCUGGUGUGACACCGACUUUGGUUGUUUGUCAAUAACGUUCCCAUCAUCGGGGGGAUUUGUCAUAGCCACCGCCUGGGCAAGUUGUCAUCUAAGCGAGAAAGUGAUACCACGCAUGUUAUGUGGCCAAAUCGGAGCUUUAUUAGGCAGAAUAAUGCAUAAAAGAAAUUUCAGGGGUGUAUCUUAUCUCCUCAUAACAUUAAGUCUGUCUGUGUAAGAGCCCGUCAUCUCGUUGACAGCGUGAUUAUUACCUGAAAAAUUAUUAAACAGUACCUACGGGCCUUGUUCAAGACAAAGAACUCACAUGGGUGCGCAUCAAUCAAAUAUAUCCCCUUUAGGUUUUACACUUAUUCCCCCCAGUUUAGGCAAAUUGCCUUGUUCGCGUGGCUUUGUGUAGCGGAGAGUGACUAUAAGGUAGCGAGGGAGCCUGGGGAGCAAAGGAUGUUCACUCUGUAGAAGAGAGACAGGGGUGUGACAUGUUUUCACACAAUGCCAAUUUAGAGGGAUUUCUCAUAGAUCACUUGUCAUGUGCUCUCUUAGACCAUAUAAAUGAGAGAGAAUGGGAGAUCACUAAUUGAAUUUUCAUGACUGAGUACAUGUAUAUACUAGAAGAGUGUCACCCCCUCCUGAUAACAAGACCAUUGUUCCCCCGUCUUGUUCUGCGUGCUCACAAAAAGUGUUGUUCGCCCCGCGACACAAGCUCGGCGCAUGAACGUCUCGAGGUUUUCAGAUGCUUCAAAUACUUUUACCCCCUUUUUUUUCUUUUUUUUUCUUCUUCUUUUCUUCAGAGCUAGACAAACAUGCCGCUCAGUCACUCACUGCCUGGUAAUCCAGAAAAAAAACGAUAAUGCUACUGCUAAAGUGCUAAUGAAAUCAAAGCCGUUAAUGUGGUCGGUUAAGCUGCGGAUGAUUUGAAGAAUUCCGCCAUUUAAGUGAAGAUGAUAUAAUGAAUCUACUCUGAAUAGAAAGCAAUUAAAAGGACAAAUUGGUCUGAUUAACCUCAAAGUCAUCCCACUGCCACAAAUGGUAUGCAACAUUCAAAUUAUUAUUAUUAAAAAUCUGGAGCAGAUUUGCAGUCUUUUUGGCCUCUCUUAAUCCUUUUAAAUGAAGGAGCGAACUUUUUUAAUUUUAGCUGUGACCUUUCAAAGCAUAACCUAGAUUUUUCUGGCAGAGAAAUAAUUUUCUCCCAUCCACUUCUGUAGCAUGUUGAUACUAGUUCUGAGGUCAAAUAGAGGGACUUGUACGUAUUCAGUUGUUUAAUGAGUAUUAUAAGGAAAAGUGGGAGUAGUUCAGGGUCAUUUCGAAGAGGAAUUGGACUCUCUGGCUCGAUGAAGAAACUAUUAAGUAGACCAGAGUGAAGAGGUGUGUAAGAGUUGAAACAUACUGUAAGUUAAUAUGAAGGCUGUUGUAAACUGUUGUGUUUUUACCAUUAUCUCCGGUCAGCUGUCUGUUUGAUGGAUUAAAUGAGGAACUCUCUCUUCCUCUGCUCUCUCCUCCUGUCUCUCUCUCUCCCGCUUCCUCCGCUUCGUUGGAAAAAAAGACGCGUUCACCAGCCACGUGCUGCACGUACUUCUGAGGGAUGUGAAGUUUGGAGAGACGGUGUCAUACAAACGCCUCGCCGAGAUGGCGGGAAACCCCAAAGCGGUGCGGGCUGUGGGAGGGGCCAUGAGGAGGAACCCGGUGAGUGUGGCUGACAUUGAUUGACAGGUCUCUCUCUUACUUACUUCAUUCAGUCGGAGAGGGAAAGUCAUUGCUUUUUCAGAUUCAGGUCCUACAUUUUGAUUACUUUUGUCAGUGAGCUUACAUGUUGUGUUGAAAUAAAGAGCGAGUAAUUGUUGAAGGGUGUUUAAAUGAGGAUUUUCACAACAGAUCCUUUUAUUAUUUAACUGAAAAAGUCAGUAAACCGAUAAUAUGAUAAACUUUACAUCUAUUUUAGUCACUUUUUCAUUCUUUGGGUUUCUUCAUCUUCUAAAUUAUGAGGAUUUGCACCUUUUUCUUUCUUUUAAAUUACUGCCUACUGGUUGUUUUAUUUUAUUUCUCAAAGACUUAAGGAUCUAUUAAAAAUACCUCCACAUAAACCAUAAAAAUAGACAUUAAUUUGCUCUUUAAUUAAAAAUUCUCACAUGUUAAAAAAAAAACGUGAAGUCUAAAAAAACAAGGCUGUUAAAAUAAAAAAUAAUGACAUAAAUCCAGGAGCAGAAACAAGUUUUAGGAUGGAAAGUUUUUGCUUUUUUGAAGACACCUGAGUUGAUGGUUUGUCAGCUUACCUCCCUGAUUAUGGGCAUGUGGAAAAGCAAAAUAGCACUUCACCUGAGUUUUCCUGUAAAAUAAUGUUUGCAGUGUCUUUGUGAUGCGUAAUCCGAACCGUAGGUGUGUUCCAAUAUGUGCAACGUGUGAAACAAACGCCUCCCUCCGAGAGCGGCUGAGACGUGAAAGUCUACCUACAGCACAAUUUUAAGCCCACACCUUUUGUUCCCGUCCUCUCAAGUCUUUACUGUAGAUGUUCGCUGCAAAUCUCCGCUUCUUGUCGGAAACCUGGCCCGCAUCGUUUUCGCCCGUGAAUCCACUGUGUACAAAAUGGAGGGCUAGAGGGCAAGUGGUGUGUCUUCUUUUGAUCAAACCCUUUGAUCAAAGCCCGUUUAGCUCUGCCCAUGUAGUGCUGUGGGCACCACCGGUGUGCUCUGUGAGGCAGAGAGCACUUCUCGUACAGCCAGUGAGAUAUUCUUCCUCUUAUGUGUUGUGAAAUAGCUCGUGCACAUCCUCAUCUAAGUGCUUUGUUUUUUUUUUCUUUCCUGACACAGUUCUGGUUCUUAAAAUGGAAGGAAAAGUGACUUGUUUGGAAUAAAAAGUCAUCUCCGACACAGUCUUGACCGUUAAAAUAUCACGGGUGUGUUUUCGAAUGUACUCGCCAUCUACUUAUUUGACUUUUAUACCACAUUAGCCAAUGGCGUUGCUCCUGGAUGGCUGUAUAAUACCUCUCAGUCUCAUGUUUUACAGACAUUUCUCUGCUUUCGUCAGGCAGGCUGGGAGCCUGAGCCCUCAGCUCCUGAUACAGAUCCAGAGUCAGAUUGUCAGUGUCAAUUACUUGUCAGUAGCGCUGCUCCACUCAGGCUUCAGCUGCGAAAAGCUCAGUGUGCUCAAUCGAUCCUAGCCUCUCUGUGGCACUUCUUCUUCACCAGGAUUUGAGUAUUGAUAAGCCUGGUGUAGUGCUCUUUUCCCCCCAAGUGAAGAAGCAGAUCCGAAGGCCUUGAGGGUACCCUGCUCUCCCUCCAAACCCGGGGAACAGUAUUGAUCCGAAUACUCGAGCAGUAUUUCUCUCUCUGCAAGGUUAAUCUGGGGCUCGGAAAGUUUUAUUGCUGUUGAUAUGGGAGCAGGUUUAAUGAUGGAUUUGAACCGAACACACACUGCAUGUCCAACUUUUAUAUAAAAGGCUGGAGGUGUCAGGAUAACUUGGUUAAAUUGGAGAAAAACAGUCACAAAGCAGCAGAUGUGGUGUUUUCCAUUUCAGUGUAGGAAGCGGAGAAUGAGGGCAGCAUUAAGAAUAUUUUAAAAGAAAUAAUUGCUGUGAUUCACUCCAACCAUUGCCUCUCUUCUUGUUCUGAAUUCACAAUGAUCGAAGUGUUUUAGGCUUGCUUGUUUAAUCUUUCUCCAGCCAUUUAGUUUACAAAGAACUCGGGACCCCCCUGGCAGUCGUCUGCAACAAGAGUAAACGCUCCACCGACUUCCUCUUUUUAAUGAUCACAGGGUUAUCAGAUCUUAAUGUUGACACCCUCUCGAUUGAAUAUUCAUCCUGCUGGUGUUUUUGCCCAUUAAUUUUUGAUUGCUUCUUUGCUUUACACUAUUAAAGAGUAAAAACAUUUAUACCCAAAGACUGAGCCAUCACCCUGAAUGUGGAUUUGUGCAGGAUCAAACCAGACACUUGUGGUGGCACUUUGUUUCCUCAUGCAGUGCGGGAACAUUAAAAGCGAAAAAAAAAAAAAAAAAAAGAAAGUGCAGAUUCAUAUUUUCUGCACAUUGGUUACUUUUAAGUCACACCGUUUAAAGGAUAAAUCAGAGUUUCUUUCAUACAUAAUACAUAUCCGAUAUCAACAACUCCAACUGUUGUACAGCCCUGACAACAAAUGUAACCCAAGAAUAAAAAAGCACUAUUUUUUCUCCCUUAAAUACAAGUUUUAUACCAGGACAGCAUAGUUUUAUGAAAGCAUGCUGAUCUUAAAUAAAGUUUUAAUAUUUAAAGUUAGAAUUUAAACUUAUAAAAUGAGCACAAAUAAUGAUACGAAAAUGAAACGUGUGCUUUUAAACCUCUUUGUGUUCUUGAUGAUGUUUUUGAUUAUUUUUCAAACAUGAUUGUUCCCUCACAAUUUUUAAUCUCUUUGCCCCGUGUGUGUGUGUGUGUGUCUGUGUGUGUGUGUUUGUGCGUGCCAGGUUCCUCUCCUCAUCCCCUGCCACCGAGUCAUUUCGAGCAGUGGACAGAGUGGGCCGUACAUGAGCGGCAAGGGCGACCAUCUUAAACAAUGGCUGCUCACCCAUGAGAGGCAGAGAGGGGAAGGCUAACGCAUGACAGAGGCCAACUGUCCUUCAUUCAGUACACACCAACACACACACUCACACACACACACAUAUACACUCACGCACACACACGGACGAGGACGGUGUUUUUGAAAAACACAAAAACAGGGCCAUAAAGUUUAGGGAGCUUGGCACACUCUGUGGAACAACUGGAGCUAUUGUAGAUAUUUGGUUUAAACAGCUUUUUUUUGUUUUAAAUCUAAGAAUAGAGAUACUGCAUAGUUAAUGUGAUACAGAGUUGUUGCAGAAUUAGAAUGUACAAAAAUAACUUAAACAGAGAACAGUAGGAAUUACAAACAUAUGCUCCCGUGGGUCUCCGUUGCGUUUGCCAGAUAGUGCUUGGAAUGGUUUUUCUAAAGAAUUAUUAUUCCCUUAAAAAUAUGUCUCUCGCAUUGUUGUUGUUGUUGUUUUUUUUUUUUUUUUUUUUUUUCCUGAGCAGAAUUAGUCUUUGUACCUCUCGUUGGUUUUUUAAUUUCCUGCCAAGUGAAUGCUUUGUUCAACAUCCAGUGAUAAAGGCUCUGAAUUUUACUGCUACAAAGCUUUGUAGUGAGCAUUUGUUUUGUCUUCAUUUAGAUCUCAUUGUUUGCUCUCGCCUUACAAUCCACCUAGAGCCGACACGUCUUAUGCAUUAUAUACUGCACUUGAGUUACAUUAGACAUGUUUAAAUAAAUACAUCUCAAACUGACAAA